AGUGACAGCUGCGGACAUCCAACACCAGUGUCAGGGCCUCGGUUCUCUUCAUUUUAGCGUGUUGGUCACAGAACGGUGUCUGGGGGUGGCGGGGGGUCCCUGAGGGAGUGAGUGCUCCAGCACGCACAGGGUCUGUGCACCUCCUCGGGGCGUUCCAGCCCAUGUGUGGACAGUGAGUUUGAGAUGUGACAGCGGGACCCGUCACACACCACCCAAUGCCCAGAGCCAGGGGACCUGCAGCCAGGCUCAAAGGGGAGUGAGCUUUCCCUGGGGCCAGUCGGCCUGGUGGCACAGGACGGCGGGGGAGUCAGAGUCCCUGCGGGGCUUGUGGACCCCCACCCAGGUGGCUGUCCCCACCUGGCGCCUCUGACUCAGCAGGGCUGGCGGGUGGGGCAGAGAGGGUAUACGGUCCCCCAGUCCUGGGAGGCUGCGCUUGGGGUGGCCUUCGGGGUCUGAAUCCUGGGCACUGUCCCUGCUCGGGCGUGCCCCCUGCCGGCGGAGGGUGACAGAUGCUGCCGGCUCGGCGGUGAGAACCCUUCCCUGCCCCCCCCCCCCCACCACCACCACCGCUCAGAAAGCACACAUCAGAUUCCCUCCUAGAAAGCGGGCUUCCGGUAGAGUGACAGCCGUCCUCUGCUAGUACCGUGGAACAGAACUUUAUCCAGGUGUUCUGGAGUUGCUGGAUGACAUUACCACCUAGCUGGGACUUGGUCGCCGUGGUAAUAUUUUGAAAAGACCGUUGCUAACUGCGGAUGGCCAUCACACCUGUAUGCUCCUUGCACUUUUCAAGGAAACAGCAGUGAGUCGGAGGAAGACCACAGCGCUGGGAGUGUGCAGGGCCAGGCCCUCCCCAGCACACACCGGCUGCCCGACGCCAAGCUCCAGCCCCUGCACACCAAGAUGGACGUCAUCAAGAAAGGGCACGCCAAGGACAGCCAGCGCUACAAGGUGGACUACGAGUCCCAGAGCACGGACACCCAGAACUUCUCCUCCGAGUCCAAGCGCGAGACGGAAUACGGGCCCUGCCGCCGGGAGGUGGAGGACACGCUGAACCGACUCAAGUUCUUGGACAUGCUUAGCCCUAGGGGCAUCCACAUCCCCAACUGUGACAGGAAGGGCUUCUACAAGAAGAAGCAGUGCCGCCCCUCCAAGGGCAGGAAGCGGGGCUUCUGCUGGUGCGUGGACAAGUAUGGGCAGCCCCUUCCCGGCUUCGACGCCCGGGGGAAAGGCGACAUUCACUGCUACAGCAUGGACAGCAAGUAGACGCUGCUCGCCACUUAAUGUGGAGCUCAGAAACGCCUAAUUUUGCACAAAAGACUGCCAAGGACACGAUCAGCAUCUGGCUACAGCCUCAGUUUAUCUUUCUUUUUGUGGUGAAUUGAUUUUUCUUUUAGCCAAAGUUUAGAAGGAGCUGUUCGCAGCGCCUAGGGUUCUUGUAGAUGGUGAACCGGAGCGUCUUCCACUUCGCAGGAGUCGAUGAGACGCGGCCGGGUUUUUCUUCUUGCUUCCUCCAAACAUACGCGUACCCUGCAGCACCGCGCGGCCGGCCCUCCCGCGUCCCGGAGCGCGCCCGCGUGUGCGCCCACGCAGCCCACCCUCCACUUCCAGACCCAGCGAGUGUCGCUUCUGUAGAGUGCACGCCUCGUCCCCAUUCGGUAAAUGAGCACAGGCCUCGGCGAGGACGGGGAGCCCCGCAGCCUGGUGUCUGGACAUCCCGGUGCCCCUGCCGGGGGCGGGGCUUACAGCCAGGAGGCCCGGCCCCGCUGAUCCUGGGGAUCUUCAAGUAGGCGCCCUGGGGAACAGCAGAGAGACUAAGUGGAGUCUUACAAGUAAAAAAUAAAAAAAGACCAAGAAUGUUCCCCGGAAGUCUGGGAACCUGUGAAGACAGGUGUUUCUGACCCGCCCCCCCACCCCACCCCACCCCACCCCACCCCACCCCCGGCGUGGCCUCUGCCAUUGACUCCGCCCUUUUCAGAGGCCACGGAAUUAGAGUAGGAUUUUUCAAUGACUGCAGACAAUAGCAUUUUUCCAUUUAGCAAUUCAAGAACGACUUUAGUUUUGAGGAUAAACUUCUUAAAGGCAAAAAUGUUUAUUUUUCUGUCUCUCCCUUGUCCUCCUUGGCACGAGAUAAAAAGAGUAAAAAUAGUUGUUAUCACCCAGCAAAGAGGGAUGGCUUGUCGGGGACACUGGGGCCAUCCAGAGAAUCCCGUGCCCACUGCACUUGGACCCCCACCCCCACUUGUCUUUCUAAGUCACACAUAUAUGCAGAGAAAGUAUGUUCUUCAUGAGGUGUUACCCUCGUAUACGUCCUAGUCCAGAUACACUAGGACCUGUGCUAGAGAAGAGAAACACGGCCUCCACCGAGGGAGGGCGCUGGGGCCGGGCCUGGCUGCUUUCCCGGAGGCCGGGCCUCAGGGUAGGUGAGCAGGAACACCCCAGGGUGGAUGCGCACAGCACACAGCCCUCCCUGAGAGCACGAAGGGGGGUCUCGAGACAUUCUGCCUACCUGUGAGCUUUCCUUUAUUUUUUUUAAUUAAGUUUUUUUGGGGAAAAAAAGGUAUUUUUGAAAAGUUUGUCUUGCAAUGUAUUUAUAAAUAGUAAAUAAAGUUUUUAC